UGCAUAGCUACCUGCUCACUGGGAGAAUUAUCAAGCAAAAAGAAGUCUGGAUCACAUGACUGGGAGUGGGAACUGUUCCUUAUUAAUGUCAACAACUACAGUGGUUGCUUAGUGAGCAUGUGUAGCCAAGUUCUCCGCAUGUGCUAACUAAAUCCUCGGACUACGGUGCAUAUAGACAAGCAGAGCUUGACUUCAGCGGCAAUUAUUUCACGUUUCCAUAUUCUCACAAACUAAUAAUUCAUCAUGUUAUCUAGGACUUUGGCCUCGUCGGCGUUUCGGCCACUUUUCCGACAGCCUCAAGUGUUGCAACCUAGAUUCGCUGGCAUUCAGCUGCCCUCUACCCUCUAUGCCCGGUAUCUGUCUUCGGAGACACGGUCAGCUAUUGACAAAGCUGUCGCAUCUGCACCCGUCGUUCUUUUCAUGAAGGGCACGCCAGAGACGCCGCAGUGCGGUUUCUCUCGAGCCAGUAUACAAAUUUUGGGACUGCAGGGAGUGGAUCCGAAGAAGUUUGUUGCAUUCAAUGUGUUGGAAGAUUCAGAACUUCGUCAGGGUAUCAAGGAGUAUUCCGACUGGCCCACAAUCCCGCAAUUGUAUCUGGAGAAGGAGUUCAUCGGUGGCUGCGAUAUUCUGAUGUCUAUGCAUCAGAAUGGAGAACUUGCUAAAUUGCUCGAAGAGAAGGGGGUCCUUGUGGCGGCCGACUAAUUUUAGGAAUGUUGAUACAGCGCAGCUGCCUCGAAACACAUACUGUACAUUUACAAAUUAUCAUACCGUUUUUUGUUCGAAGGAAAGAA